AUGGACGACAUCAUUGACCACAUGGACCAAGAUGUCCUCCUCCCCCCAACCACAACCCCCAGCCUAACCACCUCCCUCACCCCAACUACAACCAUCACCCGCAAGCGACGAACCCGCGACCCCGACGAUGAGAGUGACUCGGACCCCAUCUGCCACUCCCACAUCGAACCCCCAACCCAGAAACGUCCCCGUCUCCCCUCCCCUUUCAGACUUCAAGCCGAACGCCUUGAAGAAGCCCUCAACCGGGAGAUCCAGGCACAGGAAGAUGAAAUUACUAUGCAUCGGUACCGGAUGCUCAAUCAACGGGCGUUGAACGAGGCACAGGAUCGCUUGUUUAAGGCUGCUAUGUUUCCUGGUCAGGUGGUGGGGGAGGAGUAUUAUUUGCAGUUGAGGAGGUGGAAUGAGUUGCAGAAGAGGGAGGAGAUUGGUAAUGGGGAUGGAGUUAUGGAUGUUGAUGGUGACGGUGAUGGUGAUGCUGAGAGAGGGGAUGGGUAUGGAGAUGAGGAUGGAGAGGAAGAGGAUAUGGUAGUGAGCUCUACUGGCGCGACGGUGAGUUCCUCGCCUCUGCAUCUGGCUCAGCAUGUCCCAGCCCCGGUCUUGGUCCCAAUCCAGGGACAGCAGCAAGAUGCUAUGUCGCCGAUGAAGAAGAAAGGCUGUCUUACUGGACUUCGUGACACUGGUGGCAUGGGCAAUGGGAGCGAGUUUGCGAUCUACGAAGAUCAAGAAACCGAGGAUAGCGCGGGGGCCUAUGCCUUGGGGAUUAAUUAUCAUGAAGUACGUUCAUAUCGGGACUGGGAUGAAGAUAAGGAGAAUAUCGAAGAGGAGGACGAGCUUCCAAAUGGGAUUGAGACUGAGAUUGAGACUGAGACUGAGAGAUUUUUGCAGGUUGAUGUUGAUCAGGAUAUGGAGGGGAAUAACCAUGGAGGUGGUGUUGAUGAAGAAGAGCUGGAGUAUGCUGAUACCGAGCUUGAUCCUUCGGAUGAGGCUUUGGGCGAUCAGAUGCGCCGAAGGAGAUAUUACAGUCUGAGGCGGCAGAGACGGCAAUUCGACUCGCAUGCCAGAGCGAUGAGUGCUACCGAGAUUCCAUUGAAUCCGUCGUCGCAAAGGGCGCUUGGGCGUGAGGGUUCGCAGGAUGUUGGUGUUGGGCAGGGACGGCGGGGGACGAGACGAUUGGCACAACGAAGAAAUCGCCGAGAGAACGAAUGGGGAAAGAAGUGCGAAUUAACGGAAACAGAGAGAUAUGCAUGGUACAACAGCUUGGGUGAGUAA